AUGGGUCUUGUUACUAGUCAUUGGGCAUCUCUGCUGGCAGGAGGGAGGGGGGGAAGUGAAGCUGUCCCUGCAUCAAUGAGCCUGUUGAUCAGAAAAAGACCACUAGACUGGUCUGGAGUCGUCAUGCUGCGGUAUCCCAUCAUGAUUUUGGCUGCUGUUCUCCUGGUGAUCGUUGUUUCGUACGUUGAUUCAGAUGAUUACUGUUAUAAUGAACCACACUGUGAUCCUUAUGCUUGGGGAGACACGUUCCCGUCAUGUCACCCCUUACUUGAAGAGCACCACUCCCCUAUCAAUCUGGACCACCAGAUAACCAGAAAUGAGUCUCUGGGGUCUUUACAUCUGGAGGGCUUUGACGUGAUCCAAACAGGCCACUGGACGCUAAGGAAUGACGGACACUCUGUCGUGCUGCAGGUUGGCAACGGCAUGUCAGUGAGUGGUGGAGGCCUCCCAGAUGUGUACCACACAAUCCAGCUGCACUUCCACUGGGGGGGCCCGGCUACUAAUGGCUCAGAGCACACGAUGGACAGACGCAGAUACCCAAUGGAGAUGCAUGUUGUCAACAUGAAGUCCAUCCACCCGAAUAUGUCAGCGGCCUUGGAUGAUCCAACUGGCCUUGCUGUUCUUGGAUUCUUCAUUGAUGUUGUUUAUGCAGACAAUGUGCAAUUUGGACACAUAUCACAAAAACUGUCCUCUGUUGCUUACAAAGGCCAAACUGCUAAAGUGAAACCAUUUCCCCUGAUGAGCCUUCUGCCGAAGCACAACAUGAGUCAGUAUUAUCGUUAUUACGGGAGCCUCACCACUCCUCCUUGUUCUCCGGUGGUUGUUUGGACCCUGUAUGAAGUCCCCGUCUAUAUCUCAUGGUCUCAGCUGGCUCAGUUCACCUCACAGAUCUUCUCCACAGAGGAGGACGCAGAGCAGGUCACACCUCUGCAGAACAACUUCAGACACAUCCACCCCACCUUCAGUCGUGUUGUCUCUGGAUCCAAAGAGGCCAAACUUCUCAGAGGGAUGGCGAGUUGUCCCCUCAGGUCAGCUGUGACAGUACAUCUGCUUCAAAUCAUUUUGUUGGCAGGCUUUAUCUCUGGACAGUAG